UACGGUAACCCAACCUCCAAAGCUCCUCGCUAGUCAUACUACACCCUGUGCUUGCGCGGGCGGGCAUCCCCCUGAAGGCUGAAGCAAAGCUUAGCUAAGCUAGCCAGGCAGGCUGACCGGCCGCGCGGCGGCACGUAGUGCCAUCCAUGGGGAACGCUCUGGCCGGCAGGCGGCGCGUGGCGAAGGUGAUGACGGUGGACGGCGCCACGUUCCGGUACAAGGCGCCGGCCACGGCGGGCACGGCGCUGCGCGGCCACCCGGGGCACCAGCUCCUGGAGUCGGACGAGGUGCGGCGGCUGGGCGUGCGCGCGAGGCCGCUGGACCGCGACGCGGCGCUGAAGCCGGGCAAGCUCUACUUCCUGGUCCAGCUCCCUCGUGGUGGUGGGGGGCGCGGGGACGAGGACGGUGACCUGCGCGCGCCGCGGAAGACGUGGUCCGGCGCGCUCCACGUUGGCGCGAGGGAGCGGCUGGAGAGCCUGAUGCUGUCGCGCCGCACCGUGUCGGACGUGGCGUCGCUGAUGCCGUCAGCCCGUGGGGCGGUGAUGGGUGGCGGUGCGGGACUUGGCGGGGAGGGGGUGUCGGGGCGGCGGUCGUCGUCGGUUGAGGCCGGCGCGGACGGCGCGGUGCGGCUGCGGAUGCGGCUGCCGAAGGCGGAGGUGGCGCGGCUGAUGAAGGAGAGCCGGGACCCCGCCGAGGCCGCCGAGCGGAUCAUGCAGCUGUGCGUCGCCAGGGACCAGGGCGGCGGCCCCGCGCCGUCGGGGCCGGCGCGCCAAGCCUCGGCGCCUGUCUCCGCGCUGUACACCGGCAAGACGUCCAUGAAGAAAGAGAAGCGGACGAGGUUCAUGGCGGUGCCGGACGAGAUCAUCGGAUGACGAAACUGAAUGGAACGGCGUUUCAUCGCGCGACGUUCUAAUGUGUGUAUGUUUUUGUCGAAAUUAGCUGGGUUUGGAAUAUGAGAAGCUGCUGAGACACACGCAUGGCUUCCUGCCUCUCCAGCAAUUUCUUAACUAGGAUAUGCCCACCACCAAGUCUUGUCUUCCUACCUCUCUCAUGGGUACUGUAGUUUGUGUAGUAGUGCUUACUAGCAAAACUAGAAAGAAAGAAAAAAAUGU